AUGACCCGGAACGGCAUCUCCAGGGUGAAGACCGGCUGCAUCACGUGCAAAAUCCGCCGGGUGAAAUGCGACGAGAAGCGCCCAUGCUGCUCACGCUGCCUCUCCACAGGCCGCAAGUGCGACGGCUACGUCUCGCCGCCGUCCGGCUCUCACUCCUGGGCCCAGCUGCUCCGCUCGGCCCCUCCGCAAAAGACCAUCGCCCUGACGCGCCUGAACCGUGACGGCUCGGCCGCCGUCGACCGCGCCGCGCUCUUCUACCACCGCGUCGCCGCGCCGGCCCUCGCCGGGUGCCUCAGCAAGACUUUCUGGACCACCGCCGUCGCCCAGGUGGCCCUCCAGGAGCCCGUCGCUGGCCACGCCGUGCUGGCCCUCAGCUCCAUCUUCGAGUCCUUCACCGAGGGCGUCCCCAGCACGACUACGACGACUACGACCACCACCACCUUCGCCGCGUGGCACUACGGCGAGGCCUUGCGGCUCCUGCGCACGACGCGGGACCGCGCCCUCGUCCUCUUCGUCUGCGUGCUCUUCAUCGCCAUCGAGCUGCUGCGCAAGAACGCCGCCGCCGUCGUCACCCACUGCCGCCACGGCAUCAACAUCCUCAACGAGAUCCGCGCCGAGUCCGGCUUCCUGCGGCGACACGUCGUGCCCGUCAUGCGCCAGCUGAGCAUCGUCCCCUUCUUCUACGGCGCCGACCCCAAGACGUUCCCGCUCAUCGACAGGCCCGUCUUCUUGUCGUCGUCGUCGUCGUCGUCGUCGUCUCCCACGCGGUUAUUCGCCAGCGUCGCCGAGGCGUACGAGAGCCAGAUGGCCCUCCACACGCGCCUGGUCCGGUUCCUGCAGAUCGGCGAGGAGGCCCGGCUGGCCAAGGGCCACGUGGGGCCCGAGCCGGACAGGAAGUGGACGCGCAGGUUCCUCAUGAUCGACAUGGACCGCUGGCACGAGUCGUUCCGCGCCCUCAAGGCCGGCGGCUGCCGGCACACGGGUAGGGACAGGACGGUCCUCAACCUGCUGGAGAUCCGCCACAUCAUGGGCCGGGUCCAGAUAUCGCUGUUCGACUCGGCGUCGGAGCGCGACUACGACGCCUACGUGGACGACUACCGCGCCGUCAUCGACCUGACGACCGAAGCGGCGGCGGCGGAGGAGGAGGAGGAGGAGGAAGAGGCCGAAUACGACAACGCCGUCCGCGACCCCGCGGGCUCGCCGGGCCCGAAGAGGACCUCGAGGGUCCUGACCAACGACUCGGUGCUCGAGGCGGACCUUAGCACGCUGCUGUACACCGUCGUCGCCAAGUGCCGCUUCCUGCGCCUGCGUCUCGCGGCGCUGAAGCUGAUGGAGGCGCUGGCGCGGCCGAGGGAGAACGUCUGGUCGAGGCGCAUCACCAUCGUGACGGCCCGGCGCCUCAUCGAGAUGGAGCACGACAUUUCUCUCCCAGAUGAUCUCGACGAGGAGGACUGGGGAGAGAAGGAGGAUGAGGAGGAGGCGGACAGUGUUCUCCCACCCGAGGAGAGGCGGGUCGUCAACGUCAAAUUCCCCUAUGGAAAUGCCGAGAGGAGGGGGCCCUUGAGGAACCUCUGUUUCUUCUUGAGAGAUCCUGAAGACGGCCAUAUGAUCAUGAGGAGUGAGUGGCUCUCGAUAGAGGAGCCGUCAGAGAGGUCGAGGAUGACUUGA